AUGAGUCUUUUGCGCUACUUUCGCGACAGAUGCAGGAGGCGUGAUAGGGUGCAGAUUUUGCCGGGAGAACGCUUAUCCCUUCGUGAAGAACUUGAAAAACUGGAAGGCAACAAUGUGAGAUUUAAAGAGCUGAUCGAAACUCCAUCUUUUGAUGCCGACACAAUAUGUUCAUGUAAGGUGUGCAUGCAAGAUCUGGAGAUCUACGACACAAACGAGUAUCCCCCAAUGCAAGGCGUUAGGGAAAAGAGACGUGACACACUCUUCACAAAUAAACUACGUAACUCCCCUCCGCAAGCGCCACCAAUACCACCGUAUCCAGAAUAUAUCGAACUAUCCGCCUACCACGAAGUUCCUUAUUCUUAUGAAAUCAGAGAAAUUAUGCGCAAUGUCAAGAGAUGCCCCUAUCUGAACGAGAUGACCUCGUGGUACCAAUCCAAACUGGACAACUUUUUGAAACGGAAAAUAAAAGUGAAGAAAAUCUUGACGCAAGAACGCCGACAUUUGGAACAACUUCAAAGAGAGAUAAAAGAGACGGGCAGGUAUAUCUCUCUAACAGAAGAAGAAAUCCGCAAACUCAAGAGCGAAAUUGAACGCAAGCGGCUAGCUUUAAGUGAUGACAUUUUUGAAAAUAUUCCCAUUCUUGAGAAAAACGUGAAGAAAGAAGGCGCGGCCAUGUAUGAAGCUUACAGAAAAGUAGCAACUCGCCAAGAAGCAGACGAUCUCAUCUCCGUCAUCCAGGCCGAAAUGCGCAUGCUCAAACAGGCCCUGUUACUGGUGAGAUGCAAAAAGUCAAAGAUGAGGCGCAGCCUUGCAGAACGCCAAGCUGAGAGCGUCACCUCAAUUUUGUGGUCGGCGGCCCUCGGGUUUGAAAACAACCGCGAAAAUAGGAAGAAAAACGACCGCAAAAACAUCACGAAAAAUGACGCUCCCAAGGAAACGGCACUCUAA